AUGGCUGAUCUAACUUUUUAUAAAAUCAAUUAUGUCAUUUCAGAGGAAUCAAAGCUGAGGAUCGUGCUCCUGGGAAAGACCGGAGUUGGUGUGAGUGCGUCAGGAAACACCAUCCUUGGGAGCAAAGAGUUUACGAGUGAACUGUCUUCUGUAUCUGAAACAAGAGAGUGCAAGAUGAAGAAAAGACAGUUUGAUGGACAAACACUGGCUAUUGUUGAUACUCCAGGUCUGUUUCACACAGACAACGAUCAUAAGAAGGUGAUGAAAAAGAUCCUACAAUGCAUCCUGAUGACUAUGCCCGGUCCUCAUGUGUUCCUGUUGGUGCUAAAGCUAAAUUCCUUCUCACAGCAAGAUGAAGAUACACUGAAAACCUUCAAGAACAUCUUCAGAGACGCAGAACAUCAUACUAUCGUCUUGUUCAGCCAUGGAGAUCAAUGUGAGGAUGAUAAUUGUAAGGUUCAACAUCAAUGUCAAGAUUUCGCUAAAAGAAAAGAAGAUGUCAGAAAAGUCAUCGUUCUGCGUGAUGAUGCAUUUCAUGUCCUUAACAACGAAGUCGAGGAUGAGUGUCAAGUUAGUGACCUGGUGCAGAAGAUCAAGAACAUGGUCCAGGAAAAUGGCUACUACAGAGGCGAAAUAUAUGAAAAGGCUGAGAAUGCCUUAAAAGAAAAUAAUAAACCCCAUGAGGUACAGGAAGGUAAUAACGAGCAGUCAUUUUGGAAGCAUGUGGAGGACCUGAUCAACAAGGGUCAGGCUAAAUUGGAGGGAUACAUUCUAAAUUCCUUUCCAGCUGUGAAAUGUUUCCUCAACAAAAUACAAGACAUAGCAUAUGAAUGCAUGCCAGCUGAAGCUAAGUAAAAUGAGCUCAUCAAACAGGUACCGAAACACAUACAGCACAGGGAAAAUCAUAGUGGUGAAAGGAUGCAAAUUUAUUGUUUAUUUUUCACUGUUCAAUACACUUUUCAAAAUGUAUACAAUGUGUAGAUGCUAUAUUCAUGAUCUGUGGACAGUUGGGGCAUUGACUGUUGUGUGAAUAGUGAUCUUUUUCUUUUUAGGAAAGGUGACAGUGGUGUGAGUUUGUUAUACUGCUACAUAAGGCGUGAUUUUUUUCCUACCAAAAUCUCUAAACAUUGUCACUUGACUGUCCAGUCACCACAGUCCAGAUGAGAUACGAUGCUUGCUAAGCAAUAAGCUUUUAUUACCAAGCGUUUCGCCUCUUAGGCUACACACAGGCCACUCCUUCUUAUUGGAGAAGGUUGUUGGAUCAGUAUGCAUCCCAAAAGGAAACCUGCUAAAAAACAAGGUGCUGCCAAAGUUAUCUACAGUUAAUUUUCCCCUAAAAGAUGCGAGAAUUAUACAUCUAUCAAAAAGUCAGAUUGUAAAGCACAGAGCUCUUUGCAGUAAAAGUAAAUUGUACUUGUCAGAGGAGAUUUAAUGCAUCACACUUUUACACUUUAUAUUUUGAUACAUUCACUGUGCUAAAUUGCUCCUUAUUAAUUAACUUGUGUAGAUCUGUUAAGAGGUAGGUGGUCAGCUGGUCCCAGGACUGCUAGUGGUUCGUCAUGCAUCCACAUCCCACUGUUCAGAGCAUUAUAAUGGCUGAAGCUACAGCAUCAUAGUAGGGUGUAUUUGAAAGCCAUACUGCAGCAGCUAAGGUUGACAGAUGAAACUCUUACAAGCUAAGAGUAUACCAGCAGUCUACAUUUUACUUGUCAUGCUUGUUGCUGUA